GUUUGCUUCUUGGAAAAUGAAUGUCGAUGGCUGGCUUCCAAGGGAUUUAAAAAAGAGAGGGGUAGGAAUAUACGUCUACUGAGAUGUCUUUGUUUUGAACUACAUGAUGUAAUACGUUCGAAUUUUAAUUUCGAUCACAAAAUAGGCAAAGAAACAAAAACAACAGCCAAGCUUCUCCCAGUGAUUUCUCCUCGCCUCCAAAAACUCGCCUAACACAAGAAAACCUCUGAACCAUGCAGGGUAGUGCAACCCUGCAACAGUAUCAAAAACAACAAACAACUACCAACCAACAGAUUCAGUUAUAUUAUAUAUCGAGCUUCACUCGCCCUGAAAUUCACUCCUAAUGAAUUAUCCAACACUACGAAGUUAUCGAAACAACUUUAUUAAUCACCACUAAUCCAAUUUGUCCAUUGGUUUUAGGUUGCAGAUAAGGAUGCUUUACCUUACUAUCCUUACAGAGAUGAUGCACUUCUCUUACACAAAGCCAUCAAAAGUUAUGUCAAGGAGAUAGUGAAUGCAUAUUAUGGUACUGAUCAUAUAGAAUUUUUGCCAGAGCUAGGACACAAUUAAACUGAUGUUGUAUUUUUUGAAGAUAUCUUUUGACUAGUUCAAACACUACAUAUUUUAGACACCACUGAAAAGCUAACAAACGAUUAUGAAAUUCAAAACUGGGCAAAUAGCUUGGUCGACGAGGAAGAACUGGGACUAAAGGUAAAUGGAAAGCAUGAUUGCAUAAUACCAUAAAACAAUUGAAAUAAGCAUAAAGUUGUUAUAUGCUGCUUCUGCAGCAUCCUGGAUCAUUUGUUUUUACCGACAUAUAUGAAAAUUCUAAAAAUCUGGUGAAAUAAGAGACCAUAGUAAAAAUAGAAUUCUUGCCAAUUAUAACUAUCUAUUGUAUAAUAUGAAGAUAAAUACAGCAUCAUAACCAUCAUCCCGGUAUCUCCUCAAGGGUUUCGCUAAAUCUUGGUUGAUAAUGUCUCUUUCCAAAUGACCUUUAAUUGCGCAUAGUCAUUCUCCAUUUUCCUUUCUUUUCAUUACCCGAAAGGUAGUUUGAUGUGACUUCUGUGUUCUAACAUGCAUGCUCUGACUAUUUCAAUUUUCCUUCUCGUUUUAAUAUUUUAAUAAACCACAUGUUUGUUCCACAUUUUCAUGUUCGUUUCUAUAGGGUGUUCCAGGGAAUGGUAAAUUCACGACCACUAAACAUCUUACUAAGGUUCUAACAUCAAUUAUCUUCAUGGGAAGUGUUGGUCAUGCUGCAGCCAAUUUUUCUCAAUACGAUGACUACGCAUUCCCAGCGAAUUAUCCUGCAUUUCUACGAGGAAACCCGCCAGAAGACAAGGUAUUAUUAAUCGCUAAAUUUCUAAACUGUAAAGUUAAUAAUAUCAACGAGAUAAGGGUUAUUAUGUUUUUUGCAGCAAUAUACGAUUUCAGGCUUAACAAACAAGACUUCCUCAUGCAGCUUCGUAUGCAAAUUAUUUUCAGUAACUUUUAACCACUCUUCUUAUUUAUGGCAAUUAUACUUGCAUAUAUGUGGAUGAACGAAAAAAUGCGUAAAGAGUUAUGAGAAGCAGAUAUAACCAUGCAGGGGGGCGGGAAGCGAGGAGGCGGGUGGUGUAACACCAUCAACUCAGAAACUCAGAAAAUUCAGGUAAAAUACAAGUUAAAGUUUUGACAAUUUCAGCUAAAAUUUGGGUAAAAAGUCGUUACAUGUUUCACAUAAUGUUAAAUCUGAUCAUUUUUGUAAAAUAUGGUCAAUUUGGACGCAACUCGCUUGCAAAUUCGCUUCCGAAAUGCUGUCCUGGGGCUUAAGAUGCAAAAAUAUUCUUGGCGAGGACAUGCACCCAGAUCCCCCCAUUAACAACUUAGUAUUACAGUUAUAGUUAUCAGUCAGAAAAAGGUAUAUUGCAAUUAUUACACUUCAGGUAAUUUUUUAACAUUGAAGAACCAAUUUCAGUUAAAAUUCUUUGCAAGAAAACGAACAAGUAUGGUUAUGUCAAUGUAAUAUUACGUGAAGUUUAGAAACUAUUUGUCCUGUAUAAGGUCUACAUAAGUAAAACUAAAGUAAAUUACGUAAACUAAAUUUAGGCUGUCUGUAGAAAUACUUAUUCAAGACAGUUUUCUUUACAGACUGCAGAUGUCUCAGAUGAAGAAGUAUUGCAACAUCUACCAAAAAAGGACAUGACUCUAAGCAUAGCAGCUAUUACAAAGUUACUGAGCGAUCGUGGAACAAAUAACCUUGGCUGUUUUGAAAAGAAAUACAUGUUUGAUCCUAUUGGAGAGGCAGCACACUCCAGGUAUAUAUUAACCACAUUAACGUUACCAUAAAGUCUGAAUUGACUUCAUGUUAUAAUGAGCCAAUCGACUUUCGCUUUCAUAGCGCGACCGAACAGCUUUCACCACAGAAAUCCAACUGAAGAUUGGUGGUUUUGCAGUAAAAGUUAAUGAUUUCGGUAUUCCGUUUAUUUUUAAGUGGGAAAAAUGUGGUUGGUGUCAAUUUAUUGUAUCAGAACGCCAUUGAAGACAAUUUUUCUGUUCAAACUUGUUGAUUUCCUAGUUGAGUUUUUGUUCACCUGCCUAUUCUAGUUUGCAGCGUUAAUCUCAACUUUCUAUGUAACAAACUGGCGCCAGCACGCGCCAUGUCGUCAAAACAACGUUAGUAGUAGUAAUGCAGAGCAAUAAAGCAUCAUCUUGGAGUUUAAAUAAAAUCUUGAUAACUGCAGAGAAGUGUUUGGUAUGUUUGACGAUCUUCAGUUCAGAGGUUUUGGGGCUUAGACCACAAAUGCCAGAAACAUUAUCCCGUUUAAACAGGAUCAGAGUCAAACAGGAAUAUAGUGGAUCUUAAGAUGGAAUAGCAAAUAUCAAGAUCCACUAUUGCGGUUGUACAGAGUAGAAACAAUUGUAAUUAAAUUUCAAUCCUUAAUUUAACAACCACUUGAAAGCUAGGCGCUUUUGUCCAUCUGCAUUUCGCUCUGAGCAAAUUGGAGCAUUAAGCAACCUGAUUAAAUAAUACCUUACCUUAUUCUAUCUUUGUUUAUAUUUUCUGCUACUUAGCUUAAUUAAUAGUAAUGUGUUUUCUGUCGUUUGUAGGUUUCUGACAAAAUUAGAAGAAAUUAGUGAUAUUAUCGCAAAACGAAACGAAACAAGGCCAGAAAAGUACCCUUACCUAGAUCCGAAAGAAGUACCAAAUGCAAUUAGUAUUUGA